ACAUUCCGCAGCGAGAGGCACUGCGCGCUGAAUAACCUGCGAGAGAGAAGAGGUAGCCACUGUUGCUGGGGAGUAAACGAUGCUUACUUCUUUGGAUUCAUUUGAAUUGCGAAAUUGUGGAUUUAUACGAAUUUGUGGAGGAUAUUGAAUUAAAAAGGAUAUUACACUGACACGAAUCAUCAUUAAAGGGGAAAGAGGGGGAGACGGUGUCAUGGCAGUUGACUUGUGAUUGCACCUAUAAGAGCCUAAAAGCCAACAGCCACCUGCAUUACUGUCAUCUCUAAGUUGGAACACUAUCAUUAUGAAGAAAACGUCUAACACCCUCCCACUCUGUCUGCUUACCAUUCUGCUGCUGUCCCAGAUCUGCUCCGGCAUCAAAUGGCUGGCCCUAUCUCACACACCCACGUCCCUACACAUCAACCAGACCCAACACUGCAAGCUGCUGCCCGGCCUGGUGUCGUCACAAGCCCAACUGUGUCGGAGCAACCUGGAGCUCAUGCAGACCAUCAUCGCCGCAGCCCGCGAGGUCAAGAAGACCUGCCAGAAGACCUUCGCUGACAUGCGCUGGAACUGUUCCUCUAUUGAAAUCCCCAGUGACUCCUCGAGGUAUCGUCCAGAUCUUGACAGAGGCACGAGGGAGUCAGCUUUUGUGUAUGCCCUGUCUGCGGCGGCCAUCAGCCACACCAUAGCGCAGGCGUGCACGUCGGGGGACCUGCGCCUGUGUUCAUGCGGCCCCAUCCCCGGGGAGAUCCCUGAGCCGGGCUACCGCUGGGGCGGAUGUGCAGACAACCUGCACUAUGGCCUGGUCAUGGGCUCCAAGUUCUCUGACGCCCCGAUGAAGAUGAAGAAGGCAGGCUCCCACGCCAACAAGCUGAUGCAUCUGCACAACAGUGAAGUGGGGAGACAGGCCCUGAGAGAUGCGCUGGUGAUGAAGUGUAAGUGUCACGGUGUGUCUGGCUCCUGCUCCAUACGGACCUGCUGGAGAGGCCUGCAGGACCUGAAGGACAUCGCCAUUGACCUGAAGACCAAGUACCUGUCAGCCACUAAGGUGGUGCACAGACCCAUGGGUACGCGCAAGCAGCUGGUCCCCAAGGACAUUGACAUCAGGCCCGUCAGAGAGAACGAACUGGUCUACCUGCAGAGCUCUCCGGACUUCUGUGCCAAGAACGACAAGCUGGGUUCCGUCGGCACCCAGGACAGGCAAUGCAACAAGACAUCCAUCGGCAGCGACAGCUGUGACAUGAUGUGCUGUGGGCGUGGCUACAACCCCUACACAGAGAAGCUGGUGGAGCGCUGCCACUGCAAGUACCACUGGUGCUGCUAUGUCACCUGUAAAAAGUGUGAGAGGAUUGUGGAGAGAUACGUCUGCAAAUGAGUCCAUGUUGUCUACUUCAUCCACCUACCCACCUAACCGCCCCACGUCUAUGUGCUGGGGCUACAGAUAACCAAAGCACUACGUUACCAAGGCUUACUUUUGUCUUAAGCUUUAGCAUGUAUAUUUUGACAAGAAAGUGUUUAUUUUUGUUCAUUCUUUUUAAUUAAACUCUGACUCACAAGCUGGACUUAAAACCUUUUCCAUUUUACGAACGCGGACACAAGGGUGUUGUGACAAUGCCUAUUGGUUUACGUGAAGACCACCGUCCUCGAGGAUUUUUUCUUUCCUUUCAUAAAUGUGCAUUACACUUGCCGUACUCGGAUAUCAAAUGUCUAUUUUCGUAUAUACUUUUAUUCAAAUAAAUGAUAUUGGAUUUGUUUUUUGAGGAGAGGGACUGUAGUCUCCUCGUUUGCUGUUGGGGGUAUACUUCCAACCUCACUCUGAUGUUGACACUCACCGUUUACUUCAGAACCAUUCCACGGAAUUCAAAGGCUUCUGAAGGAUCCAUGGUGUUUUUCCUCAAAUGGUAGUCCUUUUUUCAACAGAGAAAGACACUGAAAGAAAGAGAGGGAAAUCGUGCUCAACACACAAAGGGAACUUAAAGUACUUUUAGUUGUGGAACUUUUUUAGUAACUGGUGUUGAACUCUUGAGCACUGGAGCUUGACUGGGGACUCGCCCGCAGACACACAGUUCUGUGUGCAUCCUCAGGAUAAGGACAAAUAACUCCCAGUGUUAGAAACAGCACAUUAUCCCUAUAAUUUCUGACAUGCAGGUAGUCCAAAGCCUAACCCUCAGAGCAUGUGAACGGAACACAUGGGUCUCCUUUAAUGCCGUGUUAUGAUGAACCACUCUUACGUGGCUGUACAUACUGUCUUUUUGUAUGCUGAAUUAAAGAAAGAAAUAUUUAUAAACUAA